AUGAGUAAUGCUCGCUACAGAAGGCGUUUCCAGUACAAGCCGUCACCAAUAGUACCGACAAGUGCCCCCAAUUUCCCGAGCAACAUGCCCUCUGAUAUUUUAGAACUAUUCAAAGUACCAAGCAACGAGUUCUGCAGCCAAAUGAUCAUUCAACCUUCUCACCAUUACGUCGUGUUGCCUUGGUGGUAUUAUUAUUGUCAGAACAUGAAGGAAAAGAAAUUCUUGAAGGACAACAAGAGGAUGCCUAAUUUCGGACAUUAUAAAGUGAUUUUGGAGAGAGUAAAGCAGUAUAAGAAGAGGCAUGGAGAAGAAACAGAUAUGAGACGUCACAGACCACACUACGAAAGGCUUUAA